UUGGUAGAGUGGUGAAGGUGGCGGGAAAGCGGCCGGGAACGGUAACCCCUGGCAACCGAGGGAGUGAGCCGGAGUGGUGGGCCCAGCACAGCCUUCAGCUCGAGUAAUAGGGAGCGGGGCUCGGAGAGCGAGCCGUCCAGGUAUGUAAGAGACGGAGCCGCUCACUAUCCGUAUCUGAGCUUCUCUCGGCGGGUGAGCAUGAGGUGAAGGCGGCCCCAGGAUCCCAUCUCCACUAUGGCCGAGGAACUGUUCUGUCAAAGCGCCGCCGUCCUCAUCAAGUGUAAAGAUUGUGAAGACAGGAGGGAAAAUGUUCGAUUGACUGUAGGAUGGCAAUCCUCUUCUAAUCCAGUUCACAAAAAGGAUUUAAUCAUCCGUUUGACUGAUGACACAGAUCCCUUCUUCUUGUAUAAUCUUACAAUUGGUGAAGAAGAUUUUCAAAGUUUAAAGAAUCAGCAAGGACUGCUAGUAGAAUUUUCUGCUUUUCCUCAGCGAUUCAUAGAGCUUUUGGACCAAUGUAUCCGGGAACAAAGCAAAGAAGUGCCAAGGUUUAUGCUUCAGUUGGUAACUCAGUAUCCAGCAUUGGACCGCAUACCUGCAAGCUUAGAUAUAAUAGAAACCAAUCCAUUCAAGCACCUCAUCCACCUCUCCUUAAAGCUGCUUCCUGGAAAUGAUAGUGAUGUCAAGAAAUAUUUGGCUAUCUGUCUUCAAAAUGUGAAGAUAGAAAAUACUUCACUACAGGAAAGGUUGCACAGAACAGAAGAAGACCUAACAAAAAGACUAAGCAUCACUCAACAGACCUUGGCAGAAAAAAGUAAAGAACUGGACAGAUUACGAAAUGAAUGGGCAGCACAUACAAGUUUACUAGCAAACAAGCACAGCCAAGAAGUUACCACAGAACGGGAGAAGGCCUUGCAGGCUCAGACGCAGUACCACCACCAACUGGAGCAGCAGAAGAAGGAGACAGAGGCAGCGCAUAAUCAAACAGUACAGCAAUUGGAAAGCAGGCUAGCUGAAAUGGAAGCUAUGAACAAGGAUCUCACUGAGAGGAAAUACAAAUCUGAAUCUUCAAUACGAGAGUUGAAAGCUAAAAUAUCUAGCAUGGAAGAGGAGUGUCAAAGGUCAAAACAGGAAGUUCAUUCACUGAGGAAAGAAAACACCACACUAGAUGCAGAAUGUCAUGAAAAAGAGAAACUACUGAAUCAGCUGCGGACAAGGACUGCUGUCCUGGAACAAGAAGUCAAGGAUAAAGAGCAAGUGGUUGCAAGGACAACAGAAAUCUUUGAAAGUACGCAGGAGCACAAGAAAAAUCUUGAAGAGAGCCUGGAACAAAAACAACAGCAGAUGGGGAAGCUGGAAGCUACUGUGAAGUCUCUUUCAGAAGAAUUAUUAAAGGCCAAUGAAAUCAUCAAAAAACUGCAGGGAGACAUGAAAAAAUUGAUGGAAAAAAUUAGACUGAAAAAUACUGUUACAAUGCAACAAGAAAAGCUUAUAGGAGAAAAGACACACAUGCUCCAGAAGGAGCAACAAGAACUAAAAGAAGUUCAACAAUCUCUGAGACAAAAGGAAGAGGAGGUGCGUAAAUUUCAAGAGCAGCUUGAUGCCACAGUCGGAAAACUGGAAGAAAGCAAGCAGCUUCUAAAGACAAAUGAAAAUGUAAUAUCCUGGUUGAAUAAACAAUUGAAUGAAAAUAAAUUAGCAGCACUGCAAGAGACUCCAGGCUCUUUUGACCCAUCAACAAUAUCUAGUAGCAAUAUGUCCAGGCCUGGGGCUAUGCAAAACAGUCUGCAAACUUUGUUGCACCCUCCUUUUUCUGCCUUGAUGCCACAGCCUGCCUCUUCUGCUUCGCCUUCAGAUAUUUACUCUAAGAGCUCUGUUUCUACUGUACGAAUGAAUUCUCCAUCCCUGAGGCCUGGUGUAUCAGGACAUGGUCUUCAGGUGCACUUCAGUCCUUUGCAACUAAACCCUAGCAGCAUUCCUGCAACUGAAUCUAAAUCGGGUCCUUCAGCUUCAACGCCAACAGUAAUGGCUGCCUCUUCUAAAAGUGAACCAGUUGGCUUGGACCUGAUAUACUUACAGAAGAGGGAAGGUGGUAAACCAAUUUUAUCUCGAGGGAUACCACUACAGAAGGCAUCAUGUCCAUCUAGUGCAGUGCCAACACGUCCACCUGUGCCAAAGCAAGGAAAUCCACCAACAGUGAUGUCUGCCUACUUCCCCGGCCAACAGCCUAGACUCCCUGCAUCAUGAAGAAAGAGCAGUAACAAAACUUCUCAACCUGGAUUAUAUUCAUGAAAGGAGAAAGGAAUUUCUUUCCCAUUAAUAAAAAGAGGGACCUCCAGAACACAUCACUGCAAGUAUUGCAGUGAUAAAUUUGGACCUGUUUGUCUUUUGUAAGAAAUGACUGAACUGGACAGUGAUAAUUAGCAUAAAUCCAGGUGCUCAUUCAAACUGCCAGCAUACAUUCUAUUGCCAUUUUCAGCAUAUUAACUUUCAUACAAAUACAAUCUUCAUUUGAGGGAAGGUAUUCUACACAGACUGCAGCAGUAUACCAAAGUACAUGUGACAGGGCCAGGAGUCUAUAUUUUCUGCCUUACAGAUUACUAGAAUGGUGUGAAUGAUAGAUAAUUUGGAACAAUAAGGAUAUGUGUAUCAGGGCAUAAAUCUUGGGCAUUUGUUAACAGUGAAGAUCAUUGGCUACCUUCUACAUGAAGGAACUGGGGCUUUCUUCCUUCUGCUCCCUCCUCCCCCUUGAAUAUGUCCUGCUUUUUAAAAUGUGUUUCUGUAACUGCAAACCUUUAGGGUGUAAAAGUCUCAGCACACUUUUUCUAAGUUGAUAUACAGUGUUUUUCUAUUAUGUUGUCAGCAUUAGUAAUAUCUGUGGCACCAAUCUUGUCUUGGUUUUGUUUUGCUCUGCUCAACCUAUGCUAUCUCAUAGAAUUUUAUCUUUACCUGGGAUCGCAUGUAUGGUACCUGUUGAUUCUUAACAGAAGAAAGCUGUUUCUGUAUGUUCAGCUAUCUUAAGCUAGUUGCAAGUGCACUGUUGCCUUUUUAGACAUCAUAUUUAAGACAAAUAUCUACUAACUGAAAUCAGUUUUGAGUUCAGUUUUCUUCAAACACACUUAUUAUUGGAACCUUACUGUAAUUCAGUAUAUACAGUCAGUAUUACAAUCCAGGAAUGGGUCGGCCCUGCCAAACACUGCAGGGAAUACAGAAUUGUUGAUGAUUGGCACUGGAGGGGUAAAGGAGCAAGUUCUGUCUUAUUAGUAGGACAAUAGUUAUGUACUUUUUGUAUCUGCAAAAUAAAUUUGAUUGUUGCAUAAUGAGGAAAUCAAUCAAUUUUGUUUGAUGAAAAGGCACCAGAGAAAUAUUAAGUGCCAUUAUUUAUUAUGCCCAUCAAAUUAUUUGCCUGAAAGCAUGAACUACUGCAACUUAUCUGUGUAGUUCUGAAACCUAUUACUUCGAUAAGGUGACUAAUAUAAUUGCAUCAGGGACUUUAAAGCAUAUCAGAUGUACAGAACUGGCGUUACGUUCCCUAUUGUGUUGUAACUAGUAAUUUAUGACCUCUGUUGUACUGAAUAUAUGUCCAUGUAAAAAUUUAAAGUAUUUUGUAUUUAAAGUGAGUGUUGCAUACAUAUUUUGACUGAAUAAAAUAUAUGUAAUUUUGCAGAAGAAAUUGUGACCCUUUAUAUUUUUUAAAUAAAGUUUGUUCAGAUCUGCCACCAACAAGCAUAGCUGGAAUAUGAGGUGGGGAAGAAGAUAUUAAGGUUAUUUUAAAAUAAAAUUACAUACCAGAAUAGGAGAGCUCAUGUACUAGAGGAGGGAUGCACAAUGAGACAAGUGGCCUUUGUCAUCCCUGGCUUUUCUCGUGUUUUUGUGUUCUUCUUUCCUGAGAUCUCACCCUUUCUGAUUGUGGCUCUUUAGGCAAGAACAUUGCAGCCAUUGGCCAUUUUUCGUAGAGAAUUAGUGUCAGAAAAUUAUAGCAGAAAGAAUGCAAAAUGUGUUGCAGACUACUCCAGUCCUGACCUCACCCAACACCUGUAUGCACUUUCCAACGAGGCCACUGGAUAUGACAGAACUCAGAAUCCAACCUGAUCUUUUUCCCUUCCUAGACUUGCAGGACUGCUGCAAAUUUUAGUGAGCAAAUAGCUUUUCUUAAAAAAAAGUGUUCAUUGUUUAACAAUUUGAAGCAAUAAAGUAGACCUCAUCUUAAAUCACCAAA